GGUUCCUGCAUUCUGGUCCAGACCCACUUCUCUGCACCGCUCAAGACGCGUACAUUGAACACGCCACGGGCGGGCAGCUCCGCGGCAUCGAUCGUGGCUCCUUUAAGAAAAACUAAGCCAGAAAUAUCACCCCACCUCUUCUUGAUCUCAUUCAGAGGCUUUUGCAUUAAAUAAUCUGCUCAGGAACUGAGAGUGAUCAAAGAAAGGAGAGAGCUUGAUUUUUUUUGCGCGUGCAUCUGCGUGUUUAACAUUUAGGGUUCCCCAACCCGGAGGAAGCGCACCGCGGAUCAUCAUUCAUUCUGUACUUUGACAACCUCGCUUUUGAUUGACAGUUGGAGUGGCGAAAAGCCAUGGGACUCGCUGGUUUUGUCUGAGGGGCAUUUCAAUUGCCUACUGGUUUGGAAACGAAGAUUUGUUCCCUCCACGUCCAGGCUAAGAGCGAAGGAGCUAUUUUCGCUGCCGUGUAAUGUUUUACCUUUAGCUGAACUGGGAGCUGAAGGUUCUGGGCUCGUCCGCCGAAGGAAACACACGGGAUUUUGAAUCUCGCUUUUGGAGUUUACGCGCUUACUUCCCUUCACCCUGGCCUCUUAGGAGAUAUCUAAAGUCAGUGGAAGAACAGGGCGCGAGGAAGGCCGAUGGCGCAAAGGUACGAAGAUUUACCGCAUUAUGGAAUGGACGGCGUAGGACUCCCGACCACGAUGUAUGGGGACCAUCACGCGGCCAGAUCCAUGCAGGCUGUUCACCUGAAUCAUGGCCCCCAGCUACAUUCUCACCAGUACCCGCACUCAGCCCACAACGCUAUGCCGCCCAGUAUGGGCUCCUCGGUGAACGACGCUUUAAAAAGAGAUAAAGAUUCCAUUUACGGGCACCCGCUCUUUCCUCUCCUAGCACUGAUUUUUGAAAAAUGUGAAUUAGCAACCUGCACGCCGAGAGAACCGGGGGUUGCGGGAGGUGACGUGUGUUCGUCUGAAUCUUUCAAUGAAGACAUAGCAGUAUUUGCAAAACAGAUUCGAGCAGAAAAACCUUUAUUUUCAUCGAACCCAGAACUGGAUAAUUUGAUGAUACAAGCAAUUCAAGUAUUACGAUUCCAUCUAUUGGAGCUGGAGAAGGUGCACGAACUCUGUGACAAUUUUUGUCAUCGGUAUAUUAGCUGCUUGAAAGGAAAGAUGCCCAUUGACUUGGUUAUAGACGACAGAGAAGGUGGAUCAAAAUCAGAUAGCGAAGACAUCACAAGAUCAUCGGGGAACCUUGAUCAGACUUCAUGGAACAGGGAUCACGAUGACACGGCGUCCAUACGCUCCGGGGGGACCCCGGGACCCUCGAGCGGGGGCCACACGUCACACAGCGGGGACAACAGCAGCGAGCAAGGUGACGGUUUGGACAACAGCGUGGCCUCGCCCAGCACGGGGGACGACGACGACCCCGACAAGGAGAAGAAGCGCAACAAGAAGCGCGGCAUCUUCCCCAAAGUGGCCACCAACAUCAUGCGGGCGUGGCUCUUCCAGCACCUGACCCAUCCUUACCCCUCAGAAGAACAGAAGAAGCAGUUGGCACAAGACACCGGGCUCACCAUACUACAAGUGAACAACUGGUUCAUCAACGCAAGGCGGAGAAUAGUACAGCCCAUGAUAGACCAGUCCAACAGAGCAGUAAGUCAAGGCGGUCCGUACACUCCAGAUGGCCAGCCCAUGGGAGGGUUUGUCAUGGACGGACAACAGCACAUGGGAAUCAGACCACCUGGACUCCAAGGCAUGCCAGGGGAUUACAUGUCCCACUGUGGCCCGAUGGGCAUAGGCCAGCCCGGCUUCAGUCCCCCUGCGAUGCCCCCCCACCCCACUCAGCUGCGGCACGGGCCCCCCGUGCGCCCUUACAUUCCUGGACACCACCCCCACCACCCAGCAAUGUUGAUGCACGGGGGACCCCCCCACCACCCGGCAAUGCCCAUGUCAGCCUCCACCUCCUCCAUGUUCAACCAGGGGGACCCUACCAUGGGGGGACAAGUCAUGGACAUCCACGCUCUGUAGCUUCUUUUUUUUUUUUGUUGUCUUUUUUUUUUUUUUUUUUUUAAGGGAUCGUCUACAAACGUGCGGUUCCGUACAAAACAGAACACAGUUUCUUUUUUUCUUUUUUUUUUGCUCUUUUGUGUUGGCAACAGCAGCACCGUUUCAUGAGCUGCUGCUUCACGCAGACUGAGGACCUCCCAGUUGUGGCAUCUGAAAUGGACCAGGGGGGGAAGCUAAUGUCUGCAUUUCCAGGAAUCCUGUUUUUUUUUUUUUUUUUUUUUUUGCACCGGAAUUUCCCUGGAAGCAAAAAAAAAUAAAUA